UGCUAUUUAGAAAAAAAUAAAUAAAAUAUGAAAUAAAAAGAAAAUUAAAACAAAUAAAUUAGAAAAAAAUAUACAACUUGGCGGUAAUUAUAUGUUACAACAACAAUAGUAAACUAAAAAAAUAUAUAAACUAAAAACAAAAAAGAUUAAAACGCCGCCACAAUAGAAACCACUUUUAAUUGAAAAAUGUCUUUUUUAUGACUGAGAAAAAAGUGAAACAAAUUAAAAAAAUAAAAGAAAAUUAAUUUCUUGCAAAAGACGGAAAUAGAAGUGAAAGCUGUGGAAACUAAAGAAAAUUGCUUAGAAACCCUAAGGCGGAAAAAAGAGAGAGAUACGUCGACGACGACACCGAAACUCUUAAGGAAUUCGUAUUAAUGUUGUAAAUGCGUCUAAACAAGACAUAUUGGCGCGCCAUACGGCGUUAUUUUUUAGUUUUCACUGCAAUUGCAUUUUUGCCAUUAGCUCUCGUCUUUCUGGUGCGUAAUGAACAGUUUUACAAACUCAAAGGUUACGAGGCCACAAAAGUCAAGGAUAAUUUUGCCGAUCAAACUUUUCGUUAUCCGGUCAUGUUGCUCGGCAAAAAUAAGGAUCUUACCAUAGCGGCAACAGGGAAUUCUAGAAAAAGAUUUUCCAAAUAUGAUAAAUACAUUAAUGAAACUCAUUUACCUCUGAUACCGGAUGAAGCCAUACAGUCUUUAUCGGAAAGUGAUAUGCUCAAGGUAGAAAAACGUAUGGAAAGAAGACGAAAACUUUUAUCGGAGAAAUGUACGGAAUUGGGUCUAGAUGUAGUUGGCACCGAUUCAUGGCAUAAGCCGAAUCCUUGGGAAUUUUUAGUCAAUAAAAAACAUCAUAUCAUAUGGUGCAAUGUAUUUAAAGCUGCCUCUUCAUCAUGGAUGUUUAAUUUUAAUGUUUUAGCUGGCUAUUCAGCGGAUUUUUUGCACAAAACGAAAGAAAUUUUAUUACACUUAGCACGCGAACGAUAUCCACGUGUAACAUUAGAAGAGCUUCAUACAGCUCAAAAUAAUUCUAUAACAUUUUUAAUAGCACGCCAUCCAUUCGAAAGACUGUUAAGUGCUUAUCGCGAUAAAUUCGUUUAUGCGAUACCCCAUUCGUUUCACGAUAAACUGGGGAGAAAAAUAGUGCGUACUUAUCGAAAAAAGAGCCAACAAUUAAAACCUCCUAAAUAUCCAACAUUUUCGGAAUUCGUACGCUGGCUGUUGGAUCAAAUCAAACAUGGCAACCAUUUAGAUAUGCAUUUUGUGGCCUCAACACAAUUCUGUACGCCAUGUUUGAUAAAUUUCGAUAUAAUUUUAAAAUUUGAAACUCUUGAGGAGGAUCAAUUGUAUCUCAUUGAAAAGACUGGCUUAAAACGUAUUAUCGCUCCCGAGUGGCGUAAUAUGGGCAAGGGCAAGAAUACACUGGAAUUGUUGCAACAGUUCUAUUCAAAAUUAUCGAGAAAUGAAUUGGAUGGAUUGUAUGAUUAUUAUAGAUAUGAUUUUGAAUUAUUCAACUAUAGUGCAACUUCGUAUUUUAAUAUUGCAAAAGCUAAAGAACUAGAUAUACCCGAAGAGACAGCAGCGCUAUUAGGAAAGCCGCAUGCAUAAAUUUUACUACCUGCUAAACACAGCAUUUACGUUAAUAAGUGACACCUAAAAAGCUUCAACAAAAAAAUUAAAUUUUAUAAAUCAACACGUCCCAGAUACUUGUACAUCAUUAUCGACAGAAGUACGAUCGCUUACAUACUACAUAAUAAUUCAUUCAUAAAAGCACAGGUUGUUUUCUAACUUACUAUUUGUAUGCAGAGUUGGAAACACAUGAAAAAAAAACGUUUAAGAAUACAAUUGUAGUUUUGAAUUCAUUUAUCUAUGAAUUUAGUGCGUUUAUUGCAAAAUGUUGAGAAUAAAAUGAAGUUAGAAUCCAUUCGAAUUGAAAUUCGAAGAUGAAAAAAAAGACAACUAAUUUGUACAAUAAUUUUAAUAUGCGUCAAUAAUUGAAACAUUUGUAGAAAACUAGUAUUAAGUAAAAUUUAUUAUAAAUAUCACACGCAUAGCGCUUUUUACUUUAAAUUUAUUAUAUU